GCACCGAUAUCGAACCGGCGCGGACGGCCAGAGUGCAUUCCGUGAGCGGUAGACGCGUAUCGUACAUAGUCGCGAACGGCUGAUAUGCCUGCGCGCGUCGUUGGUUGAACGUAAUCGCACGCUAGACGCUUGCCUGAGUAAAAUCUAGCGAGAACACGAGCGCGAAAAAACGAAUCGUUUGUUUCUGUUUUACGUUGGCGUCGACCGACGAGUUUUCGUGAGGCGCAACGAGCCGAUGUACGCGGUGGUGGUGGUGCCCGUAGGGUGUGGUGAGCGGAGAACAGGUGUCCACGAGCGUAGCUCGACCGUGAAAACAGCGCGAGCCGGAAACGGACGGGUGCAGCGGGUACAUCGGCAUGAAUUUCUUAACGCGUUCGAGAGAAUAGAUAAGGACUGGAUCCGAUCGUUGGCAGAGAGAACGGAGCGCGACUACUUCAGGUAUGUCGACGCCACCGAAGAGCGAGAGUCCUACCGGCGCGGGCGACAGCCCGAGAACACCACGUGGUGGUCGACUCCGGGACAGAGUUAGCUUCUUCGAGCAGGUGUGGUCCGGCGGAGCCACCGAGCACCGGAGCACCGAAGACCUAUUCGAGGAGAUCGAUGCCAAGCGACGCGUCGCUCGGUUUCGAUCGAUCGCGGACCCUAGGCCCUCGUCCAGGACCAGCGAUUCAUCCUUCGAGGAGAGUUUCGAGAGAUUGGUGGAGGAGGGUGAAUUGAACGGCGCGAAGGUGGUGAAAUUCGAGAAGAUCACCGUGAGAAAGAGCGUCCGAGAAAUCGGUCCCGGUACCACCGGCCUCGCUCAUCACCAUCGUGUCCUCACCGAGUCCAGCAGGACGCCAAGCGAGGAACACGCCCUCGAGGAUUCGGCUUAUCAGAGCCACAGUCACGGUGCGUUCAGUCACGGGAGCAAGUCCAGUUCGGUCACUUCCUUUACCAGAUUCCCCUCGGAGGAGAGUCUAUCGCAAAGGCGGACCAGCAGCCCCCAACAGCAUCUGGGACCGGAUGAUCGAAUCCCGUCCGAGUGGUACGCCGAGUAUCGCACACGAAGCUUUCAUAACCCCGGCAGAAUCGAGUACGUGCGCACCAAAAGCGAAUACGACGCACACAUCGCCGAGAUCAAAGACGAACAAGAACGAGUACAGAAGAAAACUUUUGUCAACUGGAUCAACUCUUACCUAUCCAAGAGAGUCCCACCGCUUCGAGUGGAAGACUUAAUCGAGGACCUGAAAGAUGGCACCCGCCUACUCGCGUUGCUCGAAGUGUUGUCCGGGGAGAAACUGCCGGUGGAACGAGGGCGUAACUUGAAGAGGCCGCAUUUUCUUAGCAACGCUAAUACCGCGCUUCAAUUCUUACAGAGCAAAAAGAUUAAAUUAGUCAACAUAAAUUCGUCCGAUUUAGUCGACGGAAGACCGCCCGUAGUGCUCGGCCUGAUAUGGACCAUCAUCCUGUACUUCCAGCUACGAUCGAAGGAUCGAAGAAAGAUCGAAGAAAACACAAAGGCUUUGGAGUAUCUCGGACACACCUGGGGCAGCCAGAGCAGCUUGGAGAGUCUCAGUACUCAGGGUUCGGCCGCCAGCGAGAGAAGACGCAUAAGCAGCGAGAAAUGGAAGCAGGGAGCAAGGAAAACUUUGCUUCAGUGGGUGACCAACGCCCUGCCAAAGGACAUCGGCAUCCAUGUUCGCGAUUUCGGCGAGAGUUGGCGAGACGGGAACGCUUUCUUGGCCAUCAUCGACGCGAUUCGAGCGAAUCUGGUAAACAUCGCCGCGAUGAGAGAAGCUUCCAACAGGGCUCGUCUGGAGACUGCUUUUCAAGUUGCCGAGGUGGAACUAGGCAUUGCCAGACUCCUUGAUCCGGAGGAUGUAGACGUUCCUCAGCCUGACGAAAAGUCCAUAAUGACGUACGUCGCGCAAUUUUUACACAAGUAUCCGGAACCAGGAUCUGCCGCUGCCGACUCGUUCGCCGCUGUGCAACAGGAAUACGACCGACUGUUUAGCUGGCUCAGCGAGAGAGUCGGACAUUUGGAGCAGUUAGAGAGGACUAAUUCUUUUCCGUUGAAUUUCGGGGAGUACAUUGCCUUAAAAACUGAAGGUGAUCAACAGCGAGCGGUGUAUGAUAAAUUGCAGCGUCUCGUCGAGACACCCAGCAUGAUCAGCAUCACCAGAGACUCUUGGAGACAUAUACAGAACUUGUGGAAAACGUUUGAAAUUCUUAUGUUCCAUUGGCUCUGGCUUCUGGACUCCGCCUUGCCAGGAGAAUUAGGCGAAGUGGGUAGAUGGUUAGGUAAAGCCGAAGCCCUUUUAAUAUCGGACAACGACAUACCGGAGGAGAUGACGGAGGAAACGGCCAACAUAAUAUCGAACAAAUUAGAGGAUCACAAAAAGUUUUUCCUCGACCUACCGUCUAUGACGGAGAGGUUCCAAGCGUGCAGAAAUAGUCAGCUCGCGAUGCAGGUGCAGCCUCAGCAGUUGAACAACAUGGCGGCUCGAUUGGAAAGUCUGCCGGACCGUGCCGCGAAACGGAGAAUCCGAUUAAAGUUCCUGGAACACAAAUGCUGCCUUAUCGCUUUCUUGUUCCUAGUCGAGACGAAGCUCAAGGGCUGGAGCGUCAAGUACGGCACCGAGGAAAGGGUGCAUCAAAUGUUGGAACAGUAUAGAAACUUUGUGUCGCGAAACAGAAUCUUCCAAGAGUUCCAGAAAGCGUAUUUGGAUAUGCAGCAAGUCGUCGAUGAUUAUAAACGCGAGGGUAACGUUGACAAAGAGGAGAGCUUCGCCAUCGAUCGUUUCAUGCGGGAGACCGGUGAGAAAUGGAAGAGCGUCUCGAUGGACCUGCGUUGCGUGCAAAGCAUGUUGGAGGAGGUUGUAGCGUAUUGGCGUCGAUGGAACGUCGUCUCGGACGAAUUCGAAGCCUGGUUGAUUCGAGCGGAGCCUGCCCUGAUGCUUCCCGAGGAGGAGAGAAUGGAAUUCUUUCAAGAUAUAAGCGUCUGGAAGGAGAAACACCAGCAACUCUCGGACACCGUCACUUUUCUGAUCGCCACGUCCGACGAGCCCGUAGCCAUGGAGCUGAAGCAACGUUACUCGAAUCUCACGGCAAGAUGGGAGUCCCUGUUCCAAGAAGCCAAGCAGUAUAUGCACGCUGGCGACUUGAUACGAAACAGAAAGGAUUACAGAGCGGGAGUGGAAACUCUGCAAAACUGGUUGAGAAACGUCGAGUCUGCGUUGGCAGCCACCGAUCUGACCACCACCGAAAAGAUCAAAGCUUACGGCGAGAAACUUGAAAUCUUUCACAACGAAGUGGAGGGUAUCGAGGAUCUGUUCAAGAGUAUCAGCAAAAAGUUCCAAACCCUCAUCCAAGACUUGUCUCGCGACGAAGUGGACAAGAUGAUGAGCACGUUGAAGAAGGAGAAAGAAGCCUUGGUUAAAGUUCGAGCGUUGAUACCGAUGCAGCUACACUUGUAUCAUCAGUUACUCGUUCAGCAGGAGUCGUUGGAGGCUGGACAAAAAGAGAUCGCUGUCUGGUUGGACGAAGCGGAGAGAAUGUUGACCGGCGUAGACCUCUCGGGGGGCAGGGAGCAUAUCCUGGCUCAGUUGGAUCGCCACAAAGCCUUCUUCUCGAGAACCCUAUACUACAAGUCGAUGCUAGAAUCGAAGAACAAAGUUUUCGGCAGCAUCGUUAAAUCCGUGGACAGCCACGCGGACGUUGCGACCGCGGAAGGUGGCAAGACCUUGAGAGAAUUGAACGAACGAUUCAACAAAGUGUCCCGAGCUGCUCAAACCUGGGAGCAACGAUUGCAGGAAGCCGUCAGAUGCUGGAGCAAAUUCAAGGAAUGCGAAAGGCAAGUCUCCGAAUGGCUCUCAGUGGCGGAGACAAUGAUCAAUGACAAACACACCGACAACAGACGCUCGAUCGAGUACCACAAAAACUUCUUCGGCAACGUCAACGAGAAAUGGAUUCAGGACUUUGUGAACGCCGGACAGGAUCUAAAGAAUAUUUUGGCUGGCGAGCAGCAAACUCCCAUCGUGGAGGCUGUCGAAGCGCUUCAGAAACGCUGGAAGGAAGUGCUCAGUUUCGCGCCUCUUCAUCUAAUGAGACUCGAGUUUCGUCUCGACGAGACAACGUUUUUGCAGUAUCUCAAAGAAAUCGAGCUCGAGAUCAACUCCGAACAACAGGCUCUCAUGCAAAACGAGAACGUGGACAGUAUACUCGAGCGGAACAAAGAAUUCUUCGUGAGUCGUGGCACGGUACUAGAGGUUGAAAAGUGUCUGCAAACAUUGAAAAAAAUCAGCCACGCGUACGGUCAAUUGAAACCGAACGACGGCACUCUACUCGAAGCUACGCAAAACGCCGAACGCCUCUGGGAGGAUUCUGCUCAAAGAGUGGAACGUUUGAGGGAUCAGUUGAAGCAGGUACCUCAACAGUGGGCCGCCUACAAAAAGAAACUCGACGAGAUGGUUGUAUGGAUGGACCACGUGGACGCCAACCUCAGAACCAUACUGCACGAAGUAAACACCUUGGAGGAAUUCGAAACGGAAAGAACGAUAUUCCAGGUUCAACUUGUCACGAAAAUAUGUCGCGAAGCGGAUAGCAAGCGCGAAGAAAUGAAGUGGUUGGUUCAAACCCUGGACAGCUUGACCUCCAACCGUUCCGACCACGAGGCUCUAUCGGAACAGAAUCGUCUGGAGCAAUUGAUAACUCGUUACAAGAAUUUGAUACCAACGAUAGAGAUCACGAUGACGAAAACUGACAUCUAUUCGAAAAGUUACACCUACAGGAAGGAAGUGCGCGAGGUGUGCACUCUGCUGCGCAAGGUUCGCGAACAGUCCAAGAUCGACGUGCUGUCCGAAACUCCUGAAAAUCUCCAGACCGCGGUUACCCAUCAGGAAACUCGCCUCGGUCAAUUGGAGCAACAGAGAUCGAACAUCGUCAGUAUGUUGCAGCGUGGCAAAGAUCUUUUAAAGGAUCAGCACGCGCCCCCCUUCGUGUCGCUGGAAGUUCAACAACUCGAGUCCAGCUGGAACGACACGUACGGACAAAGCGUGGAAACCCUGAAAUCCUUGAAGAGCACGCAAAAACUAUGGAACACGUACACGAGUCAGAAGGAAGAGAUCCUCAAGUUGAUCGAACAGGCCGAAGAAGAACUGAAGAAAAUCGAGUCGACCAGCUAUUACGAUGCUUCUCAAGUAUCCUCCGAUCUUCAAAACAAACAGGACUUUGGCUCGACUCUGAGAAAGUCUUCCGAAGAACUGCUUAAGAAACUGCGUGAGACGUACGGCAAUCUGGCGGACGUCGCGCCAACGGAAAGGAAGGAAAUGUUGAAGAAGGAGAUGACGCAAACCGAAAAGAAAAUGGAAACCACUUUGAAAAUCGUCCAGGAGAAGGUGGUUUACCUGCGAGAACACAGUAACCGAUGGAACAAAUUUCAGGCAAAGAUGAACGAGCUGCAGCUGUGGGCACAGCAAACCGCGCCUCAAUCGAUCGCGGACACCGACAACUUGGCGACGACCCCCGAGGAGAUGGUUUACAAAACCGAAAGUCUCCAGAACGAGAUAGAAGAGAAGCGCAAAACGCUAAAGUUCCUAGAACAAGAGUCACGGAACCUCGUAAAAGGUGACAGUGAUAGUGGUCCAGGCAGACAGCUGCGCGGCGACAUCGUUAAUCUCGAGAAAACGCUCGAGACGUUGAAGAAGAGUAUCGUGGUCCAGCGGGACACGGCUGGUAAAAACCUGGAGACGUGGAAAGAGUACGAAAAGGGAAUCCGAGAAUUGAAACCUUGGAUCGAGGAGGCGGAAUCGAAGGCAGCUACGAUAGGUAGCAAACCUACGACUCUAGCUCAAGCAGCUCAGAUGUUGGACACCGCGAAAGCAUUUGAAAUGCGAUGUCAGCAACACUUUACGAACAUUCAGGAGCUAUCUUUGAUCAGUCAACGACUCGCGGGAAAGACAUCGGCCUCGGACCAAGUGGACGCGGUGCACACGCGUUGGAACGCUGUCCACGAUGUAGCCGUCCAAGCAACGACAAAAUUGGACAAACUGGUUACCUCGUGGAACAGUUUCGAGUCCGAGAUCAAAGAUUUCAACGAAUGGUUGGAAAAGUCGGAAAAGGCAGUACUGGUAGAACCCAAUACUCAAACGCCCGAGGUAUCGGUACUGGAGAAAGAGUUGUCGCGGUUGAAAGAAUUCAACAAGACGAUAUCCGAUCACCAGGCUCAAUUGAUAUCGCUCACUCAAGUCUCCGAUCACAUCAGCCACGGUUUGUCCUUGGAGGGAGCGUCCAACUUGAAGUCUCGAGUCUCGGACAUAAAAUCCAGAGUGAGCAAACUGGCCGACACCGUCAGGUUGCAGCUCAACAAGAUUUCCGAUUCCCUGUUGGCUCGUCAAGAGUUCCAGAUGAAGAUCACCGAUUUCGAGAAUUGGAUGUCGCGACUGAGAUCGAACAUCGCCGAGAUCAGCGAGGCUACGGUGGACACCGUCGAUACCAAUCUCCAAGCGGUGCACGCCUAUAUCCAGGAACACUCGGAGAAACAACCUAGUUUCGCGGCGAUCUACAACGAGGUGAAACAACUUUCGUCGAAAGGAUCGGUCGUCGAGGCAGCUGCCCUCGAUGAAACCUACGCCACGUUGGCGAUGAAGUACAAAGCAUUGGAGGACGAUCUGCGACAGAAGAAGAAAGAAUUGGAGAAAUGGAUCGAACUGUUGAGCUGGCUGAACGAUGCGAACGGGCAACUGAGUCACUGCAAGUACGAGGCAGAGGCUAGAAAACCGACUGUCGUCGACUUGGACAGAUUUUCGUCGGAGUUACAAUCCGUAUACGAGAAGAUCGACGGUUGGAAACAGCAAAUUUUGCCAGACGCGGGUACGGGUAUGGGCAUGGGUAUCCAAAUUCGAGACAAGCAAGGAAAACCGCUGUCCGCCUCGGGCCUGUUGAACGACCUCGAAAACAAAGCGAUAGCUCUGAAGAACGAGAUAUCCGCGAAACGCGACAAAUUGGAGAACCUCGGCGCCAGGUGGAACAAUUUCCGAAAGUUGCAAGAAAACAUCACCGAAAAAAUACUAAACACUCAAACGGCUCUUCAGGAAACGGUUUACAGUGUAGACUGCUGCAAGCGAUUGGCGCCCGCCGUGGAGAAGAUCGAUCGACUGAUCGAGGAGCACCGAAAGAGAGAACAAGAGAAAGAGGUUCUUCAUUUCGAGGGCAGUUGUUUGAUGAAGGAGGAUCAACGUUCGACGACCAAUAUUCAAGUUGUUCUGUCUUCCGUUGACGCCAACUGGGAGAAGGUCAACGAACUCGUUCGAGAGCAGAGGAAGAAAUACGCCGACAUGGACACGGAUUGGAAGGCUUACGAAGAAGCCAGAGAAAAGGUGAAGCAAUCGAUCGACGAAGCGAACGCUCUCCGACGAUCCGUAGAGGGAGUACCUUACGAUGUUACGCAAGCGAACCUAAGUUUGGAGAAACACAGGAAAGCUCUUGAAGUACUGAAGAAGGGUAAACAAUAUUUAGAGAAAAUGGACACGAAAGCGCAACACCUGACGAAAGAAGCAUCCCUGAUGCCUAACUUUAACUCGGAGUUGAUCGACUCCGACCUGAACGAAAUUCGACAAAACUACCAGGACGUUUACAGCGACAUCGGUGAAAAAUUGCAGACGUACGAGUCUCGGGUGAUCAUCUGGAAACAAAUCGAAGAAUCAAAGUCGGAAGUUAUCAAGUGGCUAACCAAUACCAACGAUGCUCUCACGACCGCCUGCGAACGUUCCCUUGACGUGGACAAUUGUCAAGCCCGAUUGAUACGAUAUCGGGAGGAAUUGCCGGCUCAUCGACAACUCUAUCAGAACAUCCUCGCAAAGAUCGAGCAACUGAUCAAGUUUAACAACGACGCGGACAUCCCGACCUUGAACUCGCUGCGCGCACUGCUGGACGAUCAGUUCAAAUUGGUCAAGAGCUCGGCGGACAAACUGGAAUAUUUGACGUCGACGAUGAACGAAAAGGAGAGAACGAUCAGACAGGAAAUGAAGAGAUGCGGCGACGCGAUCUCCAAGAUCCGAGAGGACAUCAUCAAGUGCGACGACUUGACGGGUGAAAAUACAAAGAUCCUCAACCGUAUCAACAAAUGCCAGGAGCUGAAGACCGAGCUCGAGCAAUGCGACUACGCUCUCUCGAAGCUCGAGGAGACUCUCACGGAAACGUCCACGGAAUACCCGAGCAUUUCUAGAUCUAGCCUGCCCAAAGAGCUUCAAGCGUUGCAACUGCGAAGAGACGGUGUCGCCAGCCACGCGAACAAAGUGGUCGCAACAUUGGUAGCCUUUCUGACCAAACUGUACCACGAAAAGUUCGGAGCUCUUCAACGGAUGGUGGUGACCCUUAAAGAAAAAGUGGCCUGGUGCGAACCCGAACAGAGCAGCGAUCGUUACAAUCUCGAAGUGAAAAUGGCCUCGUUGUUGGACGUGGAGGCUGGUAUAGCGGAUUGCAUCGGCAGAAAGGAGGAUACCGACAACUCUUUGAAGCUUUUGGCGUCCGUCGAAAGCGCCGAAACGAUGACCGUUCUGAAGGCUGAACGGGACAGGGUCAACGUCGAACUGGACGCGCUCAAGUCCUCCUACGGCAAGAUCAAGAACGACCUGGAACGGAACAUCGCUCUGUGGCAACGUUACGAAGUCACCUCGGAGAACGUUCUGUCGUGGCUGAAGGAGAACGAGAACAAAAUCAGGGCCGAGGCGUCGAUGCUCCUCGACACGAACGAAAUCGAGGCGAAAAUCGACGAGAUGAACCAAGUCCGUAAAACGGUGACCGAGUACCAAACCGAGCUAAAAGAUCUCUCGAUGCUCGCCGAAGACAUAACGAAAGUCAGCUCCGAAUCCAGAGUGAACCAGUACAUAGGCCACCUCAACACUCGAUACGAAUACGUGGUAAAGUUCUUGUCUCAACAUCUGGAGAGAUUGCAAGGUGUGAAAGAGAACAGGGACCGGUACGCGGCGAGCAAACAGAAGCUGGAAGCUUGGCUCGAGAACGCGGAGCAGACGUUGAAGAUUUUCGACGAAAUUACCGGACCGAAGCCGAUCACGUUCUACCAAUCGCGACUCAAGGAACUGAAAGCGUUCGGCGAGGAACGAGAAUUAGGACAAGCUAUACUUAAUCGAACAGCCGAGGCGGGCGAAACUUUGUUCGCAAGAAUCACGCCGGAUCAACGAGAAACGAUCAGAGCCGAGCUGAGAAAUUUCCGCAACCGCGUGGACGCCAUGGCGGAUCGGUCCAACGUCAUCUACAAGAAGAUAGAGAGCGACAUGAUGCACAGAUCUUCCUUCGAAGACAAGUUCUCCCAAGUGAAGCAGUGGCUGGCGGACGCGCAGAGCAAAUUAGAAGAGAAGCAGGAUCUUUUGCCGACGCUGCAGGAGAAAAAAUUUGCUCUUCAUCUGUACAAAGCCGUCGCGCAGGACGUGACCGUUCAUAAGAACAUCUUGCAACAGCUACAACAGAGACUGACCGCGUCGCCCGACGACGAGGCCAGCGAAAUGUUGGCCAGCGUGAUCGAAGCUUACGAGAAGCUGUCCAGCGAGGUGGAAGGACGUAUCAACAUCGCGGACAAACACGUAUCGAAUCACGAGGCUUAUCUUCAAACGUUCGAGAAGACUCGCGAUUGGAUCAACACCGCGAUCAACGAGGGGACGCCGAUCAUCGAAGAUUUCUCCGUGGAACGGGAGAUGGCGCAAAAUAAAAUCGCGUCUAUAGAAAGCUUGUUGCAGCAGAAAACGGAAGCUGAUCGGAUUCUCUUCGAAUGCAACCAACAAUUGAAUAUCGUUCUCGAGCAAACCUCUCUGCCGGGCCAUCAGGCUCUGGUGAGCAACUUUGAGCAACAAAAGAAGAUUUGGGAGGAGUUUCUAAAGAGGUGCGCCGCCGCCAGAGACAAAUUGAACCACAUGUUCGAUCAGUGGUCCGAGUUCGAGAAGAUCGUCCAAGGUUUGGAAGGCUGGAUCAAACAAACGGAGAUUCAGCUAAAGGAUCAGAGUUUGAAGAGCUCCGAGGAUGCUAAGAGAGCGCAUCUGCAAAAACUAAAGUCUUUGGAGGAAGGUAUCGUCGCGAAAGGGGCUGAAUUCAACGCUGUUAUCGAGAAGAGCCAGAGUAUAGAGGCCGAAGCUGAUCUCGCUACGAGGGUAUCUAGACAAACUACCAAGUAUCAAGCCAUCAAGAAUCAAGUAAAGGAAGCCGUGAUGCGGUACGAACAGUUCGUCAAGGAACACAACGCGUUCAACGUAAAGUACACGCAACUGUUGGAGUGGAUCGAGGAGAUUCGGUCCGAGUUGAAACGACAGAGCGAGAUCGUCGGCGAUUUGUCCGUGUUGCAAAGCAGACAGAAACGCAUACGCGAUCUCGGCGACACCAGAACGAAGGAAAACGCUCGGUUCGAGUCGGUGAUCGAUCUCGGCGAGAAGCUCUACGUGCAUACGUCUCCGGACGGCCGAGAAAUCAUCAGGCAACAGCUGAGAAACCUGCGUACCCUUUGGGACGGAUUCUCCGAAGAGCUCCAGGGCACCACGCAGAAAUUGGACCAGUGCUUGAUGCAGUUUGCGGAAUUUUCGCUCUCUCACGAGCAACUGACCGCCUGGCUUCGAGACGUCGAGCGCACGAUGCACCAACACACGGAAUUGAAAUGUACCCUGGAAGAGAAGAGAGCGCAGCUGCAGAACCACAAGAUCAUGCAUCAGGAAAUAAUGUCCCAUCAGUCUCUGGUCGAGUCCGUCUGCGAUAAAGCUCAACAGCUGGUGGAUCAGACCAAGGACACGUCUUUGAACGUCUUUUUGCCCUCUAUCAAACAGCUUUUCCACAACAUCGUGGCCAAAUCGAAGGAUUUGCUCGAAAAUCUCGCCGACUGCGUGGAAAAGCACCAUCGUUUCAAUCUGCAAGCAAAGGGUUUCUCCGACUGGCUAAACAGCGAAAGAGAGAAACUCGCCGAAUGCAACGACCUUACGGGUGAACGCGCCGACAUUUCCCGUAGACUGGCGACACUGACGAUGCUGAAGGACGAUCAGAUGCAAGGAGCGGAAUACCUCGGCAAGCUGAAGGAGCUUAGCGACUCGGUCACCAAGAGAACCGCGCCCAAAGGAUGGGAUGCCAUCCAUAAGGAGAUCACCGUUAUGGAGGGCAACCUCCGUCAAUAUUUGACCGAAAUAGAAUCGGUCGAGCAAAAACAAAAGGCGGCGCUGCAAAAGUGGCAAGACUUCGAGGACAAGCUGGAAGCCCAUACGAAAUGGUUCUCCGCGAUGGAAGCCGCGUUCAGAGAUCAACAGCUACAGCCUACUCUACGGGAGAAAGAAACACGGUUGGCUACCCUCAAGGAGAAACGUGACUCCAUACUCAAGAAAGAAUCCAAGAUUGACGAGUUUGUCGACAAGUCUCAUAGUUUACUCCAUGCUAGCGGCGUGGAACGUAUAAAACCGAUGAUUUCUCAAAUUAGUAACAGAUAUCAACUGUUACACGUGCUCAGCAAAGAGGUGGUAACUCGAUGCCAAAGCAUCGCGGACGAUCAUCGCGCCUACGAGGAAAAAUUGAAAGGUUUCGAUGAGUGGAUCGCUCGGUUGGAGCAAAGUCUGUCCAAUUUGAAGAAAGACGAAACCGGGAGAAAUUUGGAAGAGAAGGUCUCGCGUCUGCAAAUACUUUUAGCCGAGAAGGAGCAAGGCGAACACCGUUUGGCCGGUCUAGCGUCCUUCGGGGAGAGAAUUCUAGCCGACACCUCGGCUCAAGGACGGGAAUUGAUUCGUCACGAAUUGAGACAAGCUCGGGAACGAUGGGAUAAACUCGUGGAGGAAAUAGCCGAACAACAAAAGAAACAAGAUGCUCAGUCUCUGCAGUGGUCCAAUUACCAGGAGACCCUGCAACAAAUCCUAGCUUGGUUGGACGCGAUGGAGAGGUCUGCGAAGCAGGAUUCAUCGAUCGCUUGGUCAUCCCUUCAGGAAAUUAAAUCGAAAUUGCUCAAGAGCAAGGCGAUGCAUCAGGAAAUCUUGGCCUACAAGCGUAUCAUCGAGGGCGUUUCUGAAAAAGCGAACGCGCUUACGUAUACCGUCCAAACGCCCUCCGACGCUCGGCAGAAUGCUGCCUCGGUCUCGGAAAGAUACGAAGACCUGGUCGACAUGUCGCAGAAAAACAUGUCCAACUUGGAGACCCUUUUGGACACGUUCCAACAAUUUUACGAUCUUCAAAAGUCCUAUCAGGAUUACCAGAAGCAACAAUGGGAACAGUUGGCCAACUACAGCGACUACACGGGCAACAAGGCUGCUCUUCAGGCACAAUUAACUAAAAUCAUGGAACUUCAAGACGGCCAGAGGGAAGGAGAGUUAAAGUUGAACAUUCUGAACGAACACGUCGCCCAGAGUGCUCGUAAUCUGACACCGAGAUCGCUAGAGUCCAUGGAACGAGAUUUAGCUACGUUGAGAUUCGAGCACAAGAAGUUCGCGACCGCUGUGAACGACAUCGUUCGAUGCGUCGAGGAAAGGAUUCAGCAAUGGAGCGAGUACGAGAAUUCUUUGGAGCGCCUAUUGGCCUGGCUGGCCGACGCGGAAUCGUCUUUGAAAAAUUACUCGUUGAAGAAUACCCUCGACGAGAAACAGGAGCAACUAGAGAAGUACCAGGCACUACAAAAGACCGCGUUGUCAUGGGAUACGGAAGUCACGGAACUGGUGGCGCUCGGAGACCACCUCGAUCAAAUGUUGAUCGUGAAUCUCCGACAAAACGAAGCAGAAUUCGACAGAAUGAGCGACGAAUCAUCCGAGCUAAUGCAAAUCAGCGGCGAGACCAGAUUCUCCGCCAGCGUUCAGCAGAUUACAUCUCGGUUCCAGUCUAUUCAAGCUACCGCCAAGGAACUUGUUAAAAAAUGCGAGCAAGCGGUGUCGGAUCACGCCGCUUACCUAGAACGCUACAAACAAUGCUCGGAAUGGUUGGCGAACGCGCGAACUUGUUACCGUUCGAUCAAGGACGACGGGAUGAGUACGCGCGAAGAAUUAGCCUCGAACGUUGGAACCCUGAAAGAUCUUUCGACGCGCCAAUCCUCGGCGACCCUUUUGAUAAACAACACGGUGGAGGCUGGGGAACGAUUGUACCCGACGACCGGAACGGAGGGACGAGAAAUCGUUCGCCAGCAGCUGCUGGAACUUCAACAAGCCUUCGAAGAACUGUACGACAGCAUCGCCUCGACGGAACGCGAACUUCGAUCGAAGAUAUCGCGGUGGUCCGGGUUCGAGGAAUCGAACGAGGCGUUCGAAGAAUGGCUGAGAAACAUCGAGACUCAACUGAAAGCGGAAAUCGAGCUGAAGACAACAUUGGACGAGAAACGAGCUCAGCUGCAAAUCUACCGCACGUUCCUGCACGACGCGCAGACCCAUCAGCAGGAUUUGCUCGAUCUUCGCGACAAGGGCGAUAAUCUACCGGAUUCUACCGACAAAGUGCACCAAACUCUGAAGAUGUUGAACGAGAGGCACGCCGCGGUACUGAAACGAGCCGCAACGUUCGUCGAAAGAUACGAGGGCAUCGUCAGCGAUCAUCAGCAGUACAGCAAGUCUGUCCUGGAUACGCACGAGUGGUUGGAUGCGACGCAUAACGCGGUUAUAUUAUGGGGCGACACGGAACUCGAGCGAGUGUCCCUGCACACCAACCUCGAUCGUUUGAAGAACCUUCUGCAGAGUUUGCCGGAAGACGAACCGAGGGUCCAACAGAUCAGGACGCUAGGCGAGAAGGUGAUACCCGGCACGUUGGAGUCCGGUCAGAUAAACAUUCGAUCGCAGAUCGAUUCGUCCCAGCAGGAGUGGGAAAGUUUGGUCACCGCUGUCAAUUCCACCAUCGACACUCUGGAAAACAAGCUGCAACAAUGGAACGAGUUCGAGACGUCCAAGGAACGAUGUCUCGCCUGGAUGAGGGAAACGGACACGAAACUGCACGCAGUGGACUUGAAGCCCACUCUUCUAGAGAAGAAAGAUCAGUUGGAGAUGCUGCGCACUCUUCAAGGGCAGGUUCGCGCGAAGGAACUGGAAAUCGACGCCGUGACGGAGAAAGCCCAACAACUGCACAAGAACCUUACGUCUCGUACGAGCCAGGUCUCGGAGCUGAGCAUCAAGUACCAGCAAAUCUCGAACAAAGUCAAGGAUCUGAAUGGCCGUUGGCAUCAAUACGUGACCACUCAUCAGGAGUUGGACAAUCAGGUGGCCGAGUGCACCAGAUGGUUGGACGAUAUCAGGAAAAAGUUGGCCUAUUGUUCCGACCUCGGUGCCUCUUCGCAGAAAGACUUGGAGAACAAAAUGGAGAUAGUGCAGGACCUGUUGCUCUGCAAGGAGGAUGGAUUCGGCAAGGUUCAAGGAAUCGUGGAAUUGGCUCAAACUGUGUUAGCCAACACCGCGCCGACGGGACACAAAGCUAUCAACGAUACGGUCGGCAAGCUUCAAGAACAGUGGAGCGCUCUGGCUUCGAAGAUGUUGGAGACCAAGACCAAUCUGGACGACUCCAUCAACAAGUGGGCUGGACUCCUCGAGCAGAUACAGUCUAUGAACAAAACCGUCGAGUACAUGCAGACGGCUUUGAACGAUUUCUUGCCGUUCCAGACGACCAUGGCGGAAAAGAGGUGUCAGCUGGAGCGCGUCAAGGCUCUCGAGGAAAAAAUUCGAUGCGAAAACAUCGAGGUGGACGGUCUGAAAAUGAAGGUUGCCGAAAUGAUUGCCAGCGGACCGCAGGGAUUGGCCGCCUCCCAGGCUCAGACCAUCUUAAACAGAUUCGACGCGCUCUUCGAGAAGAUCAAGUCGUUGCUGAUCGAACGGGAAGAGCAGUACAAAGAUCAUCGAUUGUACAAAGAGGCGCACGACGACAUCAUCAACUGGCUGAGUCGAGCUCGCGAGAAAAUACCCUCCAUGAAGCAAAGACCUCUCAGCGAUAAAUUAGCUAUCGAGAACGCGGUGGCGCCGUUGGAGAGUUUGUUGAACAAAAAGGCUCAGGGUGAGUUGCUGGUUGAGCAUUUACAGCACACCGGAAAAGUGGUUUGCGCUAGUACCAGCCCGCAAGGACAGGAAAUCAUUAAGAACGAGGUUCGCGCUCUCACACAGAGUUUCGAGGAAUUAUUCAAAGAAAUCAGACAGCAGAAAGACCAACUGGAGCAGACGGUGGGCCAAUGGCGCGAGUACAAAGACGAAUACGAGAGACUCAGCGACUGGUUGCAGCAGUUCGACAUCCUCGUCAAGGCGCAGAAGAACUCUCUGUUGCCGAACGUCGCCGAGAAGGAAAAGCAGGUGCGAGAGGUUAAGGAGAUCCUGGAGAAGCUGCUCAAGGGCCAGGAACAGAUCGACAAGUUCAACAAAACAGCCUCGGGACUUCUCUCCUCUCACUUGGACACCUAUGUAAACAAUCAACUGCGUCACCUGAAUUCACGGUACCAAGUCCAGGUGAACUUGGCGAAAGACGUGCUGAACAAGGUCGAGACGAACUUGGCGCAACACCAAGAGUACGAAGCGAAUCUGGCCAAGACGCGCGCUUGGAUCGAGAACGCGAAGCAAAUAAUUCGCAAAGGAACGGAGGCGGCGUCCACCAGUAGCCGAGAAGAAUUGCAGAACAGGUUGGACAACAUUCAAGAGCUACUGAGGAAACGAGAAGAGGGCCAGAAUUUGGUCCAUCUGACCGUGAACUGUGGCGAAAAGGUAACGAGGAACACCAGGUCGGACGGCCGGGAAGAGAUCAACGCGCAACUGAAAGAGAUCCAGAACGACUGGGAGAGACUGGUGAAGAAAAUUUCGACGACCAAGGUUCAUCUCGAGACGAGCCUCCUUCAAUGGGCCGACUAUAGUUCGUCGUACCUGCAACUUCAACAGUGGAUCAACGACCGCGAAGCAAAGUUGCAGCAAGUUUGCGAGCAAAAGGUUUCGAAGGCUAGAAAAGGUUUGGCUGGUCUGAGCUCGUUGGCUAUCGGCGAAAGGAAAGCAAACCUGAGACAAACGAACAGCAUCGUUCAAGAUAUAGUAGCGUUCGAACCGAUGAUACAGUCCGUCACCACCAAGGCGGAAGAUCUUCGCCAGGCGACGCCCGCCACCGAGAUCUCGAUCAAGUACGAGACUCUGAGCAAACAAGCGCAAGAGUUGUACGCGAAACAGAAGGAAACCGUCGAGCAACAUCAAGCUUUCAUCGACAGCGGAAACGAGUUCGUUCAGUGGAUACGCGCGGCGAAAGAGAGACUUGGAAAAUGUUCGGAGCCUACAGGCGACAAGGAGUCGUUGGCAAACAAAAUCACGCAGUUGAAGGUGUUGCAAAGCGAACUACCCGAAGGCCAGAAGAAACUCGAACACGCUUUGGAACAGGGCAACGCGGCCUGCCAGAUCGCCGACGAGGAAGACAAGGAAAUAAUCGAGGAGGAAGUGGCGUUGUUGCAAGAGGAGUACGACAGCUAUGUGGACUCGUUAAACAACACCAAGAGCUUGCUAGAGGUAGGAAUAGUCAAGUGGACAGAGUACGAGGAUCAAUUCUCCGAAGCUGCCGAGUGGCUCACGCAAACCGAGCAGCUGGUGCAAUCGUUCAACAAACUACAGGAUAGUUUGGAGGAGAAAAAGAACGUUCUCGAGCAGUUCCAGAUCCAUCUUCAAACUUUGUUCGAUUGGCAAAAAGAGCUCGAUCGUUUGAACAUGAAAGCUCAGAUGUUACUGGAGACCUGCGCGGACACGAGAAUCUCGAACGCCAUCACUCAGCUGACCACAAAAUAUAACGCAUUAUUGUCGCUCGCGAAAGAAAUAAUGAGACGCUUGGAACUCCAUUACCAGGAACAUCAACAGCACAAUACGCUGUACCAAGAGUGUCAAGACUGGAUCGAACGAACGCGCGACAAACUCGGCGAGUGCAAAGAAAUUCCAAGCACCCUGGCCGAGGUGAACAACAAACUGCACACUUGCAAAACCAUCAGACAGACCCUCGAGCAGGGCCAAAACAAGCUGCGGUACGCUCUCGAGUUGAAGGAGAAGGUAAUCAUGAACACCGAGCAAAACGGAGCCGCAAAGAUUCAGGAAGACACCGAGAACCUUAAGACCGAGUUUGAGAAGCUGUUGGUCAACGUCGAAGACAUUAGGCAGAAGCUGUCCGUGAGAGCCACCGCGUUGGAGGAACUGAACAAGAUUCAUCGACUCACCACGGAUUGGAUCGAUGAAAUCGAGGGGAAGAUUCAGCCGGGAGAAAUGUUCAAGAACGAUCUGAGCGAGAAACGGGCAGUUCUGGAAAAGUAUAAAACGGUUCACAGAGACAUUCAAGGUCACGGUGAAACCGUCGAUCGUUUGAAGGCUCGUCUCGCCGAAGACUCCAGCAUACCCGUGGCUCCUUACCAAUCGACCUUUGCCAAAUACGACCAAUUGAACAAACUCAUAUCCGAUAAGAUACGCAAUUUAGAGGAGCAGGUGAACGAUCACGAGAAAUUUCAGCAAGCGCAAAACGAGGCAGCCGACUGGGUCCGUCAAACGAAACUGGAACUCCAGCAACAUUGCGACACCCACGGCGAAAAGGAACGGAUCAUCGAAAGAGAGAAGAAGGUCGAUCGGAUCAUCGCCUCGCUUCCCAGAGGAGAGACUCUGAUCUCUAAGGUGAUACAGCUCAGCGACGCCGUGAUUUCCAGCACGGGUCCAGAAGGCCAAGAAGCCAUCGGGCAAGACGUGAAGCAGUUGCAAUCCAAUUGGAAGUCUCUGCAAUCGCAGUGCCACGACUCUCAAAAAACAUUGUCAAACUGUAUAUCCAGUUGGUCUCGGUUCACCGGUGCGUUGGAUAGCAUGAAAAGAUGGAUAGACCAUUUUCAGAAAAAAGUGAACGAUGAGCAAUCGAAAGAGAACAAAACUCCCGAGGAUCUGGUGCGCUGCAAGAGUCUCGUGGAAGAGGCUAUCCAGCAAAAGCCCGUUCUCGAAGAACUGAACGACAAAUGCGAGGCCUUGUUGGAGAUGAGCGCGUGCAGUUGGGCACGCGACAAAACGGUCCAACUGCAAUCGGCUUACACGUCUCUGUUGACAGACAUGCAAAGUCUGGUGUCGAAGGUAGAGAAAAAUUUGUCGGACCACACCGAGUUCCUGAAAGCCAAGAAAGAGAUGGAAGAUUGGUUACGCGUCGCGCGCGGCUCGGUACAAGAUUGUAUGGGCGUUGGAGACGCCGAGUGGGCCAAGGACAAAUUAGAAACGAUCAAGAUCGUCACGAUGCGAAUCACCGAGGGUCAACAUCUGCUCUCGACGCUGCAAACAGCAUUCGCAAAGGCGAUCGAGACCGCGGUGCCGGAGCAACAAGAACAGCUGAGAACAGACAUGGCUGGACUUCGUUCCGGCUGGGAACAGCUGAGCAUCGAUUUGAACACAGUUCAAGCUCGGCUAAAGUCUCUUUUGAGUCGCUGGGACGAUCACGGCGAGGCUCACGGCAAGUUUCAGCAUUGGCUGGACGAAACCGAGAAAAGUAUACGGAAACUACCGGAUACCAAAGGGGAAUUCGGUGACAUGAAAACGAUGUUGGAGCGUUACAAACAUAUCCAAGAGGAAGUUGCCGAGAAAAAGACCGAGUUGGAUCAUCUGAUAGAGGAAGCCAGCGAAUUGUCCAAGUUGGCUAAGAAAAACCGACCUCUGGAUCAAACGAACAAAUUAUUGAAACGCUGGCAGGAUUUGAGCGAUCGCGUCGAUGAAAGGAAAAAGCUCGUCGAAAACGAGAUGCAAGAGUACAACGCUUACCACGCGGCUCUGCAAGAAACCGAGAAAUGGUUGCUUCAGAUAUCCUUCCAGCUGAUGGCUCACAAUUCUCUCUACAUCACGAGCAAGGAGCAGACGAUCAGUCAGAUAAAGCAACACGACAAUCUGCUCGAGGAAAUCGAGAUGUACACGAGCGUAUUGGAGGAUCUCAAGUUGAAAGGCAACGGACAAAUUUCUCGCUACGUGACCGUCAAUACCGAAAUAAAAACAGUGAUCGAAACGCAGCUGCAAAACGUCCAGGAGAGUUACAACUCUCUGCUGAACACCGCGUUACAAAUUAAGAAACGAUUGGCGGAAUCGCUGAUCAAGUUCCAAGAGUACGAGAACACCCUUGAAAGCAUCAUGAAGAACUUGGAUGCGUACGAACCCGAAAUUACGCAGGAAAUGGAAGCACCGUUCGACACCCUCGAACAAGCGAAGGAAAGGUUCGAGAACGCGCGCACCUUGCACAACAAAUUGCAGGCCGAGAAGACGCGAUUGGCUUUAGCGGUCGAAGCUUGCGAAGCUGCGGUGGCUUGCGUUUCGAGGCCUGGAAGUCCUCUCGAUGCUCCACCCGUGCAAAUUCCAGCGAGAGAAGUCGAGGUCCGGACCAAACUCGAAGACCUUAUCGAUCAGGCACAGGGACAUCUGAUGAACGCGACCAAGGCCGUGAGCGAGCUGGAGGAACAAACUCGGCAGAAAAACGCCCUUCGCACGUGGAUAAAUCAGCAACGAGCCCUCUGCGCCGAGUGGAAGUCUCGACCGGCGAAACUGCGAUCCGAGGCGGCGCACGCCGAGCUUCAAGCGAUGAACGAUCUCCUUGGGAACGUCGGAGAACGUCGAACACACGCCAUCACCGAACUUUCGAUCCACGAAGAGGAUCGAGACAUCGAGGAAGGUCUCGAGAAACUCGAGAGAGAGCUAACGGAUGCCAUCGCUGCGAAACAAGCGGCCCAGGAACUGAUUCAAAAGUAUCGAUCGCAAGUGCAGAACAUUCAAUCUUGGUUGGACGCGCUCUCGAAGAAAAUCGACGUAGUCGAGAAAGGUAACGGGCAGACGAUCGGGCAGAAAAUAGCGAGCGCGAAAGAGAUCGCGUCCGAGUUCGAGUCACAAGGACCCGAUAGAUUGAACCAAGUCAAGAGUCUGGGCGAUCGAGUGAUGGACUCUGUGAGCAACCUGGAUUCUCAGCAGAUAGAGGAGCAGAUCAAGUCAGUAGAGAGGCGAUACGCGGACACCGCGAAAAAACUCCAGAGAAAGGCGCAGGUGUUGGACAUGACCGCUCAAGGCAUCGAGGCAACCAGGCAAGAGAUAGAGGAAAACAGAGACUGGAUUCAACUGAAGAAACAGCAAGCUCAGUUAUCCGAGCCUGUGGGCUACGACAGCAAAUUGGCAGAGGAGAGACUUCUCGCUCUGAAGGCGAUGCUGAAAGAAGCCGAAGGGAAGCAAAUGGUAAUCGACACUCUGGAGAAGCGGGUUGGGAACAUGCAGAACGAAUUAGAGGGGAACGAACAGCAACAAUUGGAGAACGAGACCAAGGCGCUACGCGGAGAACAGGCAGAGCUUUGUACCAUCCUAACGGAAGGAAUUUCGAGCGCGACUGCCGCGGCUGACGCUCGUCGCAAAUUCGAGGGUGAGCUGGAUCGCGCCCGAGCCUGGAUCAAGUCCAAGAGCAACAACUUGAAGAAACUGAGCGGAUAUCUGCCUUUGAAGGCCGCGAAAGUCGAGCAGGACAUCGAGCAGCAUAGCGAGUUGGAAGCCGAUAUCGAUUCAUUCAGCGAGAAAGACCUCAACGACAUUUUGAAACAAGGAAACACGUUGCUGAAGGAGUGCAGCGACGAGGAUCGAGCCAGACUCGAAACCAUCUUGGACGAGUUGAACAAGGAUUAUCAGGAACUGAAGGGUGAAGCGAGGGAAAAACAAGCGGCAUUGGCGGAUCUUCUUCAAGGCCGGAAAGCGUUCGAGAGCGAGAUAGACAAGUGUCAGAGAUGGAUCAACGAAGCCGAAGUAGCUACUUCUUCGGACCUGCGGACCUCCAGCAUCGAUAUUCUACGAGAACAGCUUGCCAAGUACGAUCGGCUCAAGAUGGAGGCGAACGAGUACGAGUCCGACAUUGAAAAAAUAAUUCAACAGGGAAAGUCCAUCCUUCCCACGGUGAGCGACGCUGACAAACUCGAAUUGAGCGAGCAACUGCAAAACAUGAGGGAAGCACACGGAAGAGUGGCUGGAAUUAUAAACGAGAGAGCGCUCGCUCUACAAAAGAGCAUCGACGAGGCUGAAGAAUCGUUGGCGCGAGUCGCCGAGGCCGUACAGUACAUGACGGAUGUGCAAAAGGAACUUCAAGAACUGAACAAACCUAUCGGUGCUCGCGUCGAAGACGUCGAAGCCAUGUUGGACUCUUACGAACGAAUUCUGAACGAUUUGAAAGCGAACAAAGCGAAACUGUCUGACUUGGGAUCGGUGAAUGUCGCCGAUCUCCACGGUGUGCUGGCACAACAAGACGACCUCGUAAAGGCCAUCGAGUCACAAAUAUCGAAACUCCGACAGUUACUUUUGCUGCGGCAACAAUUCCUCGCUCUGAUCGCUGAAAUCACCACGUUCGUCGCCAAGUACACGGAGAUCGUUCGGGACAUCGAAACCUCUGGCCUGACUACGGAGGAGAAAAUCAAGAGAUACGACGACGCGAUUCUCAAGAUCCAAGAGUGCGAGGCCACCCUGGCCAGCGCGACCGACAAAGGCCAGCAAAUCGCCGCGGAGGGUUCGACCGUUGACAGAAACAACAUAACGGAGCAGCUGCAAUCUUUGAAGCUUCAAUUGCAGGCCUUGAGGAGAGCCGUGGAAACGCAAAGAGAACAACACGAACUGGCUGCGGCGGAACACAAGAGGUUGGCCAACGAACUAGCCGAAAUUCUCGAGUGGCUGGAGGAUAAAGAGAAGGAAGUGAAAUCGAGACCUCUACUCGAAAGAGAUCCGGCCAGCGUCGAGGCUGAACUGAACAAGCACCAGGAACUUUGCGAGACUGUCAACGAACAUCUCGACAGAAUCACAAACUUGAAGAAUUCGAUUCCCUACGAGGAAGGCAUGCCUGGCUCCUUGAAGGAAAUGCUUAGCGAAGCGGUGUCCCUCUUGUCUUCUCUGCCAAGAGAAAUGGAGGAGCGUGGAAAUUACUUGGAAAAUAAUAUCAAGCUGCGGUUGGAGUACGCUGCGCUUACCGAUAAACUUCACGGAUGGGUUCGCGAAGCGGAGAUUCGACUCGAAAGCGACAAGAACGGACUCGAUUUCGAAAAUAUUCUCAGCGAUCUGGAAGAACACAAGAUAUACUUCAGCAGCGAGCCGUCUAUUCGCGAGCUCGUGUCUCAACAAAUCCAGCAGGCGGCAGAUAAGAUUUGGCCAUCGUUGACCACCUCCGAACAAGAGGAGCUGAGCGUCGAACAACAACAGCAUACUCAAUUAUUGAAGAACACCCUGAAUACCGCGAAAUCGCAACGCGCCAGACUCGAGCAAGGCGCCGAGACCUGGAGAGACUACACGCAAACUCUCGAACGAGUUCGAGCCGUUAUCGGGAGAUCCAGAUUCACCGACGAACCCGUCACAACUCUGGCUGGUUUGCAGUUCAACAUACAGAAGAUCACGCACGCGCUCAACGACAUACAGAAUCAACAAUUUGAGCUAGAUCUUUUGAACGAACGGGGUCGCGAGGUCCUUCGUUUGGCCGAUGCCAACAACAAGAAGACGAUAGAGGCUCAGAGCUCCGAAAUCGGUGCCGAAUGGAAAGAAUUGGUAUCCGGUUUGGAGGGUCGCAGAGACGCUCUUGAAGCUCUCUCGAAACAUUGGGAAGACUUGGAGGCGCAGUGGUCCCUCGUUGAAACUCGCGUCAAUGCGACGGAAGAGAAGAGCAAACUCGUGGACACGGUGGUUCGUUCGAAACAGCACUUGCAUGACACCAUCAAAGCUUUACGCGAGUUAGUGGCGGAAGGUGAGAAAUUGAAACCGAUGACGGACGAACUAAAAGCUCUGGUAGGACCCGUUCUCGCGUAUCUCGCAGCUUUCACCGAGGACCCGGCGCGCGUGCUCGAAAAGAAACUCAACAAAUUGCAGAAUUCCGUCGAUACACUCGUCGUCUCCCUUCGGGCGAAAUCCAAGAAGGCGGACGAAGACUUGGAGACGUUCGAAAGCGCCGAGCGUGAGAUCGAGCACCUGAGAAAGCGUUUAAACGAGGCGCGCGACCGCGCCUCGAGCCUUUACGUAUUCGGCUCGGAUCAAGACGCGACCGAGGAGGAGCUGGACGAGCUACGCUCGGCCGUCGACGAACUUCUCGAGGCCGCCAAGAACUUUUCAGGAAGCACUAAGGCGCGGUACCAAGCUAGCCAGCAGCUGAUCCCGAGCGAUCUCGGUCAACAUUUAACGGCACUAGAGCUUUGCGCGGAAGCGACAGCCCAGGUCAUGGAGGAGAAACAGAGGGAACAGAAGCGAGCCAGAACCGUCAGAUCGGAUUAUCUGACCGACCUGGACGAAGUUCAGGCAUGGAUGCGUCAGGCCGAGCUGAAAGUGCAAGACAGAUCGGUCGAACCUAGCCGUCUGAAGGAGCAGCUGAAACAGGUGCAGGACGAGCUGUCGACGAUCGCCGACAAGCUCGAACGACUAACCAGAAACGGCCGUUCCAUAGCCGAGAACACGAGAGACGAAGCCGAGAAGCAAUUGAUCAACAGCACCGUUCACAAUUGCACCGAACAGUUGAAUCAGUUGAGAAAUUGGCUGGACGAGAGGAAGCAAGCGGUGGCCGACACCAUCGACGCCUGGCAGAGAUUCUUGACGUUGUACGAAACCGUGAAGAACUGGACGGAAGAAAAGAAAGAGUUCUUGGUCGAGCCGUUGAAGCUCGCUACUCUCGCGCAGGCCAGGCAGAGGCUGCACGAAUAUUCGACAGCCGUAAAGAGCUGCAAACAGAUCAACAAACAUCUCAGCGACAUGGGGAAAGAACUCGAGAAUAUCGGUCAGGUUUGCAGCGUGGGCGAUUUGCCCGAGAAGCUGCUCGAGGCGGAAGAGGCCAAGGUUCGGGUGGAGGGUCAACUGUUGGAAAGGAACGCUUUACUCCAAGAAACCAGCGAGGAAUGGGAACAAUGCGAGAGAAAACUGAAGGAAGUGAAAACGUGGAUCGAGAAGGCGAGGCAGAAUCUCGAUUCGCCGCAGAGCAAAAAGAAACCGUUGCGAGAUCAGCACAUCGUUCGUGAGAAAAUGUUGAGCGACAUCGCGAUACAGAAAACAAAAAUCAGCAUAUCGAUGGAGAAGCUCCAAGUUCAUUUCCGUUCCGGGAUCGGUGGCGACAGUCGAAUCGGCGAUACGGUAGACGAACUCCUCGACGAGUUAGACGGUCUUCAUAGCACCGUGAAAGAGCAGACGACGUCGCUAGAGGCUUGUUUAGCUCAAAUCGAUCGAUAUCAACAGGAGAUACAACAUUUGAGGCAGCAGAUCGUACAGGUGGAGCAACAACUGAGGACGGUGCUCAGCCCGACUUACCUCUCCAGCGACAAGGAGAAGGCUUUGCAGGAGCAACAGAGCCUGCAGCAAAGGAUGGACGAUUGGAGGCAGCGCGCGAAGACACUGCUGGAUCAGAUUUACGCCGUGGACCCGUACUAUGUACAGAGCAACGAAUGCAAGCCGAUCGGUCAGAUCUCGUACGCGGACAUCACGGCCGGUCGUACCAGUCCAAGCUCGAGGGAUUCUAGCCCGUUCGGAAACUCGCGGGACGAGGCUGCCUCGUCGUCGUCGUCGCCGCCGCUCGCUGUUCAACCGGUGAAACCGUUUGUUCGGGAGCCGAUCGGCCAGCGAGCACGCGACACCUCCGCAACUCGAGUCGCGAGACCGGAGGCAACCAUCGAGGAGGAACAGACGAAGAACGAGGCCACGAGUGCGCGAAAGGAGCCCGAACCGAGGGCGCAAACUCGACGCGUAUCCAAGCUGGAUAUGCUCGACGCUACGCCUAAACACAGACCUAAUUCGAGAAGAGCGGCUUCUGCCAGGAAAGAUCCGUCGGAGUCGGCCGAUCGACUCGUCAAGAAUGCAUCCUCUGCGGAUAAGACGAACGUUCCGGAGAGCCCUCGGUUCACCGAACGAAACAAGGAGCCGAUGGCUUUGAAGCACACCUUGGCGCUCCGAGAAGAAAGGCGAGGACGGUCGGCCAGUCCCAUCUGGAUGCCUGGUUUUGCUUCGUACGCCGAUAUUCUUCGCGGCCAAGGAAACGCGUCGCGAAGCCCUUCGGUCGAGGCGACCAAAAACGCCAAUUCGGUUAACAAGCACGCUGCGAUCGAUGCGUCCUACACGGAAAUGGAGAAAGUCGAGCUCGGUGUAUCGCGAGUCCGGUUCGAAGAGAAGAAAAAGGAGGAGGAGAACGAGGAAGAACGAAAGGUGGUGACGGAGAAGGAGAAAGAGGAAGAAGAAGAAGAAGCGGAAGUAGUAGUAGAAGAAGAAACAGAAGAAGAGCAAAAAAAAGAGGACGCGGAAGUUGAAGAAAUUCCCGCGGAGCAAUCGAGACAACGGCCGACGAUAGAAAAUUACCGACGAGAACCCGACAUUUUGUCGGCCGGCACCGUGAAACCUAACGAAGAGACUCCAGAGACGGAAACCAGGUGGGCCGACGAGCCCAUGGAAGAUUACGACGCCUUGAACGCUCAAAGUUACGAGAACGUGGCAGGACCACGACAAAUUCCCGAGGUUUACAAUUACAUUCAUCCACCGAUGCCAGAGCUAGUGGGUUUUAUCGGCUCCCAGAUCGCGUAUCCGGUGAAUUCUUACGUCUACGUGCCGACCGCACCGUCUCAACGGAUAGCUCUACCUUCUUACGACGGACGGAUAGCUUUCCCUUCGGAGCAGUACGUUGGACAGCCCGCUUACCUUCCAGAAACGGAGGUUUAUCGGCAAAACCAAAUACAGAAACAAUCACAAAGACAGCAUCAUCAUCCGGAGUUGAAUAAUCACGCGAGCAACCCCUCGGUUGCGAUGCAGCACGCCGAAAAUAAACGUGUUUCUAGUCACGUGUCGGCUACCGAGAACGUUCAACCUGUCGUUCAACCGGACCAGGUCGCGCCACUCGAGAAACCCGUCGACUCGGAACUACCGCAACCUGCUUCCACAUCCGAACCAUCUACGACCACGCCAAAACUACACGCCGAGAGUAAAACGUUCUCGUACGCGCAAAUAUUAUCACAGGGUCUGAAUCCUCGCGCAACCUCGACGACCAGUUCUUCCUCGGUUUAUUCGAGCGCGACCGAACCGACGGCGACGCCGACGUUGAAACAGUCAAAGGAGCGUGCCGGGUCGCCGUCCAAGUCGACAACAUUCUCGGCACGCGAGACGGCACCGUUGACGUCGCGAGAGGCAACGCGAACGCGAGAAUCCUCCGAGGCUAAACAGGAGAUCAAGCAGGAAGAAGCUACGUGGGACACGGCGAGAAAACGAGAGACGAGAAAGACUCAACAAGAAACGCAAAAAUCGAAGCCCGCGGAGAAGAAAGCUCGCAAAGAAGUCGAACAGCCGAAAGAAAAGCCUCGAAAGGAGAAGGCCAGCCUUCUCCAGUCGAAAGUGGACGAGACGAAGAAGGAAAUUUCCACGGUGAAAUCGACUACUUCUGCUAAUUCUAAGAGUAAGGACAUUACCGAGACUCGAAAAGAAACCAAAGCUGACGUUCCGAAGGAUAAACAGACCGACUCUCGACAGGAGAAGACAGCGGACGCUCCGCAGGGAAAUGGAUCGCAGGAGAGAAAACGGAAAACUAAGAAAAAGAAAACGGACAAGCCGUUGGAAGACGAGAUCGAGAAAGCUCUGAAGGAGAUCGAGGAUAUGGAGAAGCAAAAGUCGAAAAAUCACAGGGACAAGUCGAGGGAACAGACCAAUUCGAAAGACGUUGCUCGCGCAACCCCGGAGAAAGCUAAAGAGGAAAACGAGAAGAAGAACGAGCGAAAGUCCAGCGAGAAGCAGAAACAGAGCAAACCCAAAGCGGAAACGAAGGCUAAAGAUACUUCGUCACUCGUGGAAACUCCGGAGUCUCGUUCCAGCGUGAAAGAACACGUUAAAUCGGAGGACGAUGCCAGAGAAAAGAAAGACGACAGUGAUUUAUGUAAGAAAAGUGACAAGGAUGUCGAUAAAAUUGACGUAAAGGAAACGGAAUUGAACAUCGAACACGAGAAGAUCGACUCGAAGAAGUUUGAAAGAAACGUAGGUUCGACGAGUGAAACGCAAUCGGAGAAGCUCGAUACGAACGAGGAAAAGUGUCCGAAAGAAUUCGGCUCGAAGAAGAAACAGAAAGGUAAGGAGCAACGGAACGCGGCAAAGGAGAAAUCUAGCAAAGAUACCGUAAAGCCAACAGAAACCGAAGAGACAAAGAAAUCGGCGUCUAUCGAUGAUGCGACAAAGCUAGAAAUUCCGAAAGAAAACGAUAACAAAGCGAAGAAACGAGAAACCGAGUCGCCCAAAGAAGCCACAGAGUUCGAACCAAAACUCGAAGCAAAGGAUAAACCUCGAUCUAAAGGGAAGAUUGUCGAUGCUAAAACCACCGAGCCGACAAAGUCUAAAGAAAAUGUCAAAGGGAAGUGUAAAAAGAUGAAACAACGAGUAACGGAACAAGACGACUCGAAGGCGAUACAGUCGUCGAAAAAAUCAAGUCAGCAAGAAGAUAUCGGUGAGGUGACGGUAGUUCGAUCUACGGAGGAAUCUAAAGUAAAAUUAGAAACAACGAAAGAGGAUGGUGAACCGAUAGAAACGAAUGAAGCGAAGCUGAAAAUAGAAACGAAAAUGGACGUCGACGAAAAGGAAAAGGAAAAAGAGAAAUCUGUGAUCGGCGCUUUGGAGUGCGCGAUAGAAUCGGCGAUAAAAACAAACGAAAUUGUUGAUAUCGAGAAACUCGACGAGCCUGUAAAAUCGGAAACGCCGACUCGCGGUACUAGUACCGGUAAGAAGGAAUCGAACGACGGCCGGGUCUCUUCGCGAAACGAUCUUUCCGAAGCCACAGAUACGGCGAGGGCGAAAGUUACGGACGAAGCAAGUACCGGGGAUCCCGUAGAUCAAAACGAUCGCUCGAUCGUUUCCAAAGGCAAACUCAAAAAUGAACGCGAAGCGAUCCGAAACAAAGAAAGGACUAACGGAAAUAUCGCCGAUGUAUCGAACAAAAUUGAUGUCCAAGUAAAGUCAAAAGAGACACCCGGAGAAACUGUUCCUGACGUAAAACCGACGGAAAAUAUAACAGAGUAUAUACGUGAAAGUACCGAGAAAGAAAUUAGUUUGUCCGGCUUCAAAUCGCCAUCCAAUGCAGAAACCAAUAGCAAAAAUAAAGUUAGCGGGAAAGAAAGCGAGGAAGAUCCUGUCGAAUAUCAAGAUUCCGAGCAAAAGGAUCGGAUCCCUGAAGGGACAUCCGACAAAAAGAAGAAACCGAGUAAGUUCAAGUCAAAGGAGAAAAUUGUAACCGAAAAUAUUUCGUCGCCUUACGUGGUUGAAUCUAAAGAAGAAUCUAAAACCUCUCAGUCUUCCAUCGCGCAAAAGCCGGAGAAGAAAAAGAAGAAGAAACUCGAGAAGAAAGUCACAGAUUCGUCUGCGCCGUCAUCGCCGCUCGCGACCGAUAAACCUGACGUUUCGUUAACGGAACUAAACGAAAACUGUAACGCGAUAAUUGUAACCAAAGUUUCCGAAACUGGAAUCGACACGGAAAAGAUUCCUACUAACACGGACGAAUUCGCUGUUAACGAGAAUGAAGAACAAACUAGAAAACUUCCGGUGUCGGAAGAUAAGAAUAAGAAUCCGUCAACGGAGACUAAAAACGACUCUAUUAAGAAAAAAUCAAAAAGACCCCGCACUGCUAACAAUAAGUCUAACGAGUCGGCAUCGAAUGUAACCAGUGAAGAGAUACCGAAAAAAGAAGAAAUCGCUGGGUUGAAUAUUUCAGACUUGAAUUCCUCGACACCGACGUCGACGAAAGAAUCGUCUAUGACGACAACAGGCAAAGCGUUGAUCAUCGAAAAGAUGGUGACCACCGUGACAACUACCACCAGCAUUCCCGGCUCCGUCGAAGUGAAACCGCCCAAUGUGAAAUCCGUUAAAUCCGUAGAGAUCUUAGAAAGCAUCCCCUUACCCAAGAUCGUAGGCUCCAAACCGACCGAACUAAUUACCCUACGUCCUGAAACAGUAGAAGCUAGUCUAACCACCAGAUAUGCUAGGAUAUCGGAUGAUUCAGCCGUUGGUAUCCCCCCGAAAGGGUCGUUAGACGCGUUAGCAGACUACUCGGAGAAAUUCCAUUCCGAUUACGCGGUCUAUAUAGACAGUCUCGUCGACGACGAUCAACCGGUUCUGUUUGGUAGCGUUCAGGAUAGGAGGAGAGAUCGUUCUGGGACACCCUUGUCGCCUAAAUCGCUAGAGAGUUCGAAAGAUAAACGGGAGUUGGAUGGCGUAGCAAAGGAACAACAGCCGGAUUUGAAGUCGAGCGAAAUUAAUGUUAAGGUAGUGGAUGGUAGGAAACUUUUUAAAGAAGAUAUUAUAGUUGCCGAUCGGAAGGAGGAUGAUAUCGAGGUAACGACACAGGCUGAAAGAUCCGACGAUAUCGUAGAGUCAAAAGAGACGGUUACGUCGAUAUCGGCAGGUGAAAAUUUCAUCGUGGAAGGAAGCCAGGAAAACGGUAAAAACGUGGACACAAUUAUGGUCGCGUCGUCUCCAGUUGUUAAAGGCUUCGUUCGAAAAGAAGAAGAAGAUACGUUUAACGUGGGAAACGAGCCGAGAGCUUCUACAAAAAAUGUUGCCGAUUCGAAACAUGAAGAAAAAGACACGACUACGUACUAUUACGAGGACUUGGUGAAACCGUAUUGGUUGAAUUACCAUUCUUACGUCGAAGCGGAAAGCGAUUUCCAUCGGCGCUUCAAAGUGGUUGAGUUGGUACAAGAAAACCUACCUGCUUCUACAUCUCAGAUAUCAACGAGUAUCGAGAAAAUCGUUCAAGAGUCGAUCAUGAAAAGGCCUGAUCGAGAAAAGGAAAUCGAAGAGGAGUCGAAGCUAUCCGAAGCAGACCGUAGAAAGCAUGCGCUUGUCGCCGAAUCAACGAAAUAUCCAGUUAGUAUGUUCUGCGAGUUAGAAUCCGAAUGGGUGAAGUCUAAACUGAUCGAAGAAAGAAAGCUUGCGACCUCUGCUUUUUCGGAAGAAGCUGAGAAAUGCGAUGUCCCGGUCGAAGAGAAAACUGUGCAAAUGCACCAAGAAGAGAAACAACGUACGGAAUCCGAAACUCCGGAUAAAAGUGACGGAGUGAUCGAUGUAACCGAAGCAGCUCGGAAAUCGUCAGAAAUUAUUGACGACGAAGAGAUCGGCGACAUUGCCAGGAAAAAUAUCGGAAAGAAGGAAUCGCCGGAAAAGAUCACGGACAAUAAAACAGGCCGAGAUUUGAAUAUCGCGAUAGGAGAAGAUGCGACUGCCGGUGAGUUUCCAAGUAACGUGGUAAACGAAGAAGAGAAAACUGGAUCUGAAGAAAUGAAAGUUACCGAUACGGUAGCUGUCGAAACGCAGCCCGAGAGGACAAACGUUGAAACCGAAAAAAUCACUUCUAAAAUAGAGCAUGGUAUACAGAUUUUAACGGAAGAAAAAGUUCCAGAGGAGAAACUUGUCGAUGAAACGGUUUCUAAUAAAGAAAAAAUAUCUGGUACAUCUGAAGAAGAAGGUAUCAUGAAAGAAAAGCCGAUCAAAGAGGCGAGUCAAAGUGUAACGGAACAGAGAAUCGCAGCAGAGAAACCCGUUGAUACGAUUGUUUCCAAAGAAGACGAGAAGAAGACGAUUCGUCGAGUGAGCGAAAGUAAAGAUAGCGAAAUGAAAGAGGAGGAAAUGAAUUUGGAAGAGCCUAUAAAGUUUGACCUCGAAAGAUCUGCUGUCGUAAAUGAAGGAAAAUCAACAACGGAAACGUUGUUAGACGGUAAGAUAUCGGAAAGUAUUGUAACCGAAGAGGAAAAAGGUAAAAUUGUGGACUCGGAGACUAAAGAAGAUAGUCCGCCGAAAGAAGAUACGAAAACUUCAACUAAAUCGAAAAAACGAAAACACGCAGCUAAAGACAAAGCUACCGCAGUAGACAAGGAAACGACAAAACAAACGGAUAAAAUGGAAGCUGGUUCUCCUCUAUCGAAGAAGAAACGCGACGGAAAAUCGAAAAAAGGAAACGAGGUCGCAGCUCCGAUGUCGUUUGAACUUGCUGGUUUAAACGAACAGAUGUCGGAAGUAAACGUUGAACGAGAAACUGUAACCAAGGUAUCCGCAGUGAAGAACAGGAUCGAGAAAAAUGAAACGGAGAUGAAGGAUAUUCCUGAAGAAGACGUCCAAUCACCGGCAUUCGUUGUUGACGCGAAAGAGGCAACCGAAACGAUUGCUAGCAUUUCAACAGAAAAUGUACAAGGUGUGACGGUAAUCGAUGCGAUUCGAGAGUCGCCAAAUGAGACGCCGAGAGACGAGAAAAUAAUAGAGCGGAUAGAAAAAAGUACGUUGGACCAGUCUCAAAGUCCGUCAACGAAACAAAAACCAACGAAACGUCAAAAGAAAAAAGAUUUAAAGGUAGAAAAAAGUGGUUCCGAAAUAAAAACAUCUUGCAUCGAGAGUAAAUCCGAGAAGAAGCAAGUGAAAAUCAUUACCGAAAAGAUCGAACAUUUGUCGGAGGGAGCUACCAAUGAAUGCAACGAGAAUAAUAAAUCGUACGCUCAAAUAACAGCUUUCGAUCCCGAGACAUCUCUGCAAGCUAUCGAAGAUACGAUACCGAUCGGACCUGUACCCCUUGAACUCGAUAAAAACUUUCAUAAAAUGCCCGAAACCGAGGAACCUCUGCUAAAAGUAGAAACUAUCGAACUAGCUGUCGAGACGGACAGUGUUUGCGUAGAGUCAUCUUCGUGUUUAGAAGAAAUCGAAAAAGAGGCUAGAGAGGAAAUCGAUUCGAUUACUUCCUCUCUAAACAAAGCGGCCAGCGAAACCUUUCGAAAAGAAAAAGAUUCGUGGGCCUCCAUAGUUGGUAAACACGUCGGAGAAACGGAAUCUUCUGUAACGUCGAACAUCGAACAGACCGCUAUCAAAAAGGAACAAAAUUCUCAACUACGUUCUCUUCCUCAAGUACAGAUUCACGUGGAAGAAGCUCCGGAACCAGUGCCGAUCGAGAAUGUCGUUCAAGUCGACGAUCAAGGAUUCAUGGAGUUUGUAAAUCGACGAGAGCUACGAUCCAGACGAUCUAGAUCGAGAUCUCGAAGCGCCAGGCGAAACGAAACGCCGUCCUCGCCAUCCACGAAACAAUCCAAGAAUAAAGGAAAAUCGAAAACUGACAACACCGAUACAAGCCAAGGAACUAAAAAAUAUAUAGAAACUCCCGUUUCGAAAACACACCAAACCGAAGAGAAAAUUAAAUCAAAGGAAGCCGAGGAAACGCAACCAACGGCCAAAUCUGAAGAUUCGGAGGUAGCGGUUCAAAAUAAGGUAAAAACUUCGGAACAACCGAAAUCGGAGACAAGAGAGCAACCACUUAAAAGUGCUCCUAAAAAGAGCAAGAGAUCGAAGAAAGGAAAAUCUGGUAAAGAACAACCUGUAGAGGAAAGUGAAAACAAAGAACAGACGAAAGGAGCGAGCGUCGUUGAAACAAUGUCAACGGAAAACGCGGAAUCCGCUAAAGAGAAAAAAGAUACAUCGAUGGAUCAGAAAGCGAAAGAAUCAAAAAGUACGGAAGUUAAAGAAGAAGUGAAAGAAAUGAUAAAUUCUGAUCAAAGUCAAGAAAGUUCUGUUCCCGAAGCAAACGUAACAGCGUCAAAGUCGGUUAAAGAAGUAACGAAAGCAACGAAAGAUACGGUAGAGCAACCCAUAGAACAGGAAAAAGAUACAGGUGUUGGGAAAGAGAAGAAAAAUACAUCGAUGGAUCAGAAAGCGGAAGAAUCAAAAAGUACGGAAGUUAAAGAAGAAGUGAAAGAAAUGAUAAAUUCUGAUCAAAGUCAAGGAAGUUCUGUUCCCGAAGCAAACGUAAAAGCGUCAAAGUCGGUUAAAGAAGUAACGAAAGCAACGAAAGAUACGGUAGAGCAACCCAUAGAACGGGAAAAAGAUGCACGUGUUGCGAAAGAGAAAUCGAAACGUAAGAGUAAACAAGCGAAGAAUGCUAAACGCGAAGAACAAGAGACUCCAAAGUCUCCACCUGCGCCUGCAGUUGUCGCUGAGGAAUCUGUCUUUGCAAAAAAUGAAGACAUGAAGACUUUCAGAACAGAUUCUUCUACCGCGUUAGUCCAAGGGGUUUCGAAAGAAACGAUUGGCCGUGAGAAAGGUAAAGGAAUCGCCGAGGAAAAGAUAGAAGCUCAAACAUUGGAAUGUCGAGAGGAACAGAAACCUGUAAUCGAUAAAGAAAUGAAAGAUAUCGACGUUCGAGAGAACGUAGAGAAACUAUCGAUUACGGAAGAAAAAGUAAUCGAAGAAGAAAAAACACCUGCUAACGAUGUUGGAACUGUGAGUGAAAAAUGUGAGAGAAAAAGCAAGGAAGAAAUAAGUAAGGAUCGCGAAGCUAACGUACCGGAAAUUAAAGGAUCGAUUACGGAAACAAUGGGAGAAACGACAACGGAUAAAGCUUUCGACGUAAUCGACGAAAGUGAAACGACAUCACGUGAUAUCAGAACUGAAGAGAGAACCGAAUUUGUAAAAAGAAUCGUGGAAAAUAUAGACGAGGGAACGCUAAACGCGAAAGAUAUUAUAAUUAAAGAAACUCAACCACGAGUGAUAACAGAUGACGAAACUAUGAUCGAUAGUAAAACGGACGAAGAUUCCGAAACGAGGAAAUCGAUAAAUUUAUUAGAGGAAGAAAUCGUGGAGCUACCUGUGGUAUUAGACUCGAUCGAGAGCCAGCUGCAAACAGAGGAAGAAUUCGAGAAGUGCAUGUCGACCGAGCCCGAAAUAGAGACCGCCGAUAUCGUAAUCGAGCCAGCAAAGCCAAAAGUACAAUUCUACAUAGCGGACGAGAUCUUGGUUUUGAGUCCCGAGAAAAAGAAACCGGCCGAAACCCCUCUGAUCUUAAAGACCCUAUCGGAACUGAGCAGAUCGAAAUUCCUCUCCCUGGAUAGCGGUUUCUGGCCGGAAAAGCAUCCUUACCACGAGGCCGAACGCUACCUAUUCGAGAACUUGGCCAAUUACACGAAAGGAAAUACCGGUCGCGAUAUUAAACGCGAUUCGAAUGACCCAGACGACUUCGACGGGGAUCGCGACGGUAGUUUAAAGAAUCGCGAAGGAAACGGUGGUCCUUUUAACUCGUUGUUCAUGGGUGGACCUCAGACGGAACGUCUGAUCGCUGACCUUCCCGGAGGCAUAGGUAGUUGGAGCGAUUACAGUACUUACUUGUCGAGCGAAAACGAACAGGGAACGGUCUCGGAUCCCACUUCUACCUCCGACAACAAAUCUCCUUCCCAGGAAUUCUUUAUCCGCGCAAUUGUCGAGGACGAGAAACAAUUCGAUAUCAAACGCAACGAAUCGUCGUCGGUCCUCGAAUCCGCUUCGAGCGAGCGAUUUUCCAAUUUCGAUCGUGAUAGCAACUGUUCGCCACUCGAGUAUUCGUUUCGCGAACAGUUGGUUGGCUUGGUUUGUUCCGAUCCGCGCGAUUCGUUCCCAACACCGCCAAACAUUUCCUGCCACUGUCCAGAUCCCAAAGAACAUUUAGGUAGAGAAAGAGGAUCGAUGCAGCGGCGGACUCCAAAUGUUGUCGAGACGGAGAAAAAGACGGGGGUAGCUGAAGAUGAGGCUGAAAAAAGGAUACGAGGGAUCAAGGAUAUCAUACAAGAACGUCUGAUGGUUUUACAGCUGAGUCUCUCGAACUUGAAGGGAACCUUCUUGCCACGAGACAACAUAGAUUCUAUGCUUUCCGCGAUCACGGUGCUUCUGACAGAGCUUCGCUCUUACGAGCAAGAGACUCGCCGGUUGGAGGAAGAGUUACAGAAAAUUCCAGCCGACGCGGAGUCCCAGAGACUUGUAAGCAAUCUGGCGGAAGUUCGGGCGCGCAUCGACACCCUGUUGGCGCAAGCAGAACAAGGACGAAUCACUCUCGAGGGUGCGCGCGGUCACCAAGAGCAACGCGGUCAUGAUAUCCAUGCUUACAAACAAUUUUUAGACGAAACGGACGCUUGGUUGAAGAACAUCGUGGCAAGCAUAAGGGAGCAACAACCGAUUGCCACGAACAAGGCUUUGCAGGACGAGCUUAGCAGUCACGCGCAGCGUGUGUCGGAGCUCGAAUCGUUGCCAGAAAUCAGCACUCUGGCAAAGGUCCUGAAAAACGCGUUGUUGGAGGUGAUGUCUCGUCUGCAGCAAAGACAGCAGGUAUCCAACGUUUUCCAAUGCUCGGGGGCUUUCGCAAACCUUGCCGACCUUCGCGCAACAAUCUCGUGAAGUACGCGACGAUUAGAAAGAGAAACGAACGUAAUGAUACUGAAAAAUUCUGCAAAAAACAAAUUAGUAAUAGGCAAGUACAAUUUCAUCGGAAGAAUCUUUUAAUCGUUGAAAAAAAUGGGAAACUUAUGAUUCAAUUUUCUAGUCGUUCUAAUCGUCUAGUCUAUCCGUGUAAUCGUUUCGAAGAAGGGGAAAAUGUUAUUCGAUCUCUUGCUGAUGCAAGGGAUGCCAAAGAAUGACGUAAACGUGCACAGUAUGUAUAUGUAGAAAUAAUAUACAUAUAUACGAUAUAUAUAUAUGUAUAUAUAUAUACUGCUUAUGUCUUGAAUAAUGAUAAGACGGAGCAAGGUAAUCGUUAAACGGGGAAGCAUGUAAUAUUCUUUUACUUUCGCUGCUUCGAGGUAGUAAUUUCGAUAUAUUCGUUACAACUGUAUUUCGUUUUGCACGUAUAUGGUUAUGGGUAUUCGGGGAAUCACUCAUCGCAGCACCAUCGUCCCGUUAAUUUUCACAGGCUUCUCAUCAUGCAAUACCGCAAUCAUUACCUUCACCACUGUCGCCGUUUGUUUAUUUUUCUUUUAUUUGCUAGCAUCCCAUCAUGUAUUAUUUACAAUGCACUUUAUGUUCCUUUAGCUUAAGGUAACGGAUGUAAUAUAUGUAUAUAUACAUAUAGGUCACAGCAUUUGUUUAAGGAAUGUUAAUACAUUGUUACUGUAAUUUUUUCAUGCAAUUAAAGUAUUCUCAUUAAUCCUCA